AUGCUAAAAUCAUUUUUUAUUAUUUACUCGAUUUUGCAACUGUUGACAGGAACACACUGCGAUAUAUCAAAUAAUAUUGUCUCUAAAUUGCUGGUGGACAUGACAAAAUUUGAAACUAUUCAGAAGAAUUAUGACAGGAAUGGGCCGAGUGUUGAGGUAGUGAAGGUUUCACUGGAUGAAGUCACAAAUGUGGCUAUCACACUCUCGAGGAAAUUGCAAAAUUAUAGAGAAGAAUUCAAGACUUUAUUAAACCCCGAUGAUGUACUUUGGGCUAGAGAGGCCAACAAAUCAGAGACUGACAAGUCAUUCGUCCACAUACCUAUCGAUAUAUUCAGGGAAGAGAAGGACAUAAUGGAGGCGAUAACGUGGACUUCACUGCUCGAUCCACUCUGGGAUGACCUCCUCAAUACAUUCACUGAAAUUAAACUUCAAUUCUUCGGCAGCACGACUGGCGUCAUGAGAUACUUUCCUGGUGAUAAGUGGACAAGUAGAGAGCUGGACAAAGAUGAGAAGCCAAUUGAUCUGUAUGACGUUCGUAGGAGAACAUGGUAUAUUGAAGGCAUGUCAACACCGAAAGUUGUUCUCAUUCUUAUUGAUAGUAGCGGAAGUUCGCAAGGACAGGCACUUGCUCUGAUGAAGCACAUGUCAAAGCAGCUGUUGGAUACAUUGACUGAGAAUGAUUUCUUCGAUGUUCUUAAUAAAUCCUGGGAGUACAUAGAAGCCAUGACAUCGCUCGGCAUCGCCAACUUCACCAGGGCCCUUGAAAAUGCCUUCAUUCUCUUCAACAACACUGCAAGUUACGACGAGAGUAACAGGCUGUUUGGUCCACAUUGUAACAAGAUGAUCAUGCUGCUGACGGAUGGCGGCAAUGAAAAACCAGCUGAUCUUCUCAGAACAUACAAUAAAUAUCUACAAAUAAGAAUAUUUACUUACCUCAUUGGUCCCAUAUCAACACAUGCUCCUGCCAUUAAAUGGAUUGCUGAAAAAAAUAGAGGGAAGUUCUACCAAAUACCUUCAAUAGUUGCAAUCAGAUCGCAAACACAAGAUUACAUAAGGUUCCUGGCGGACUCAAAGGCUCAGUCCAACAAUUGGUUGACCAUGACCACAGCUCGAUAUGAUCAGAUGUCGAACGAUCUAGUCCUUACGUUGGUGUAUCCACUGUUCAACAUGUCACACGGGCAAGAGCGUAUGCGAUUACUAGUGGAUCAAGGUUUCACACACAUUUAA